GCAGCGAGGACGAAGCACAUCCGUCUGCACAUGGAAGGCGCGCUGACCGCCCGGGACAAGGUCGGGGUGCAGGAUUUUGUGCUCUUGGAUGCGUACACCAGCGAAUCUGCUUUUCUGGACAAUCUUCGGAAGCGUUUCAGCCAGAACCUUAUCUAUACGUAUAUCGGGACGCUCCUUGUGUCUGUGAAUCCAUACCAGGAGCUUGGAAUCUACACCAGGAGCCAGAUGGGACUUUAUCAAGGGGUCAAUUUCUUUGAACUGCCACCACAUGUCUAUGCCAUAGCUGACAACACUUACCGCACGAUGUGCUCUGAGCUAAAUAACCACUUCAUCCUCAUUUCCGGAGAAAGUGGGGCAGGGAAAACGGAAGCCUCCAAGAAGAUUCUCCAGUAUUUUGCAGUGACCUGCCCAAUGACCGAGUCACUCCAAAUAGCCCGUGACAGGCUACUGCUCUCCAAUCCAGUGCUGGAGGCUUUUGGAAAUGCCAAAACACUCCGGAAUGACAACUCCAGCAGAUUUGGAAAAUACAUGGACAUACAGUUUGACUUGAAGGGCAUUCCCAUAGGCGGGCAUAUCAUCUGUUACCUGAUAGAGAAGUCUCGAGUCGUCUAUCAAAACCAGGGCGAGAGGAAUUUCCACAUCUUCUACCAGCUGCUAGAGGGUGGCGAAGAGGACCUUCUGGCUUACCUGGGACUUGAGCGAGACCCCCAGCUCUAUAAAUACCUCUCACAGGGUCAUUGUGCCAAAGAGUUGUCUAUUAAUGACAAGAACGAUUGGAGAACUGUUUCCAGUGCCUUUUCUGUCGUCGAUUUUACUGAGGAUGACCUUGAGAAUCUCUUUGGAAUUAUUGCCAGUGUCCUACACCUGGGGAACAUUUGUUUUGGAGAGAAUUACCAAGGCUGUGCCACCAUACCAGACACCCACGAGAUCAAAUGCAUCGCCAAGCUCCUGGGGGUCCACCCACCGGUCCUUCUGGAAGCUCUCACUCAUAGGAAGAUUGAAGCCAAAACUGAGGAGGUGGUCUGCCCAUUGACGCCAGGACUCUCUGUGUACGCCAGAGACGCAAUGGCAAAGGCUGUCUAUGGAAGAACAUUUACUUGGUUGGUCAAUAAAAUCAAUUCCUCCUUAGUGAACAAGGAUUUCACCAGGAAAACUGUGAUCGGAUUGCUGGAUAUCUACGGGUUUGAAGUCUUCGACAAGAACGGUUUUGAAUAGUUCUGCAUAAAUUACUGCAAUGAGAAACUCCAGCAGCUGUUAAUUGAGAGUACCCUAAAAGCGGAACAGACAGAAUAUGAAAUGGAAGGUAUAGAGUGGGAACCAAUUCAAUAUUUCAACAACAAGAUCAUCUGUGAUUUGGUAGAAGAGAGACACAAAGGAAUCAUUUCCAUUCUGGAUGAAGAGUGUAUUCGCCCUGGUCCUGCUACUGACUUGAGUUUCCUGGAGAAAUUGGAAGAGAGAGUGGGCAAGCACGCACACUUUCAAACCCGGAAGCUGGCAGGUCCAAAGGGCCGAAAGAGGAUUGGCUGGAUGGAGUUCCAACUCUUCCACUAUGCGGGUGAGGUCACAUACUGCACCACAGGAUUCUUGGAGAAAAACAAUGAUCUCCUCUACAGACAUCUGAAAGAAGUGCUAUGCAGGUCCAGAAACAGCAUCCUGAGAGAAUGCUUCCUAGUGGCUGAGUUAGAGAACCGGAGAAGGCCACCAACGGUGGGGACUCAGUUUAAAAACAGUCUGAGCAGCCUUCUGGAAAUUCUCAUCUCCAAGGAACCUUCGUACAUCCGUUGCAUCAAGCCCAAUGAGAGGAAAGAACCCGGCAAAUUUGACGACUUCCUCAUAAGGUAUCAGGUCAAAUAUCUGGGGCUGAUGGAGCACCUGCGGGUGAGACGGGCAGGCUUUGCGUACCGGCGGAAAUAUGAGCAUUUCUUGCAAAGGUACAAGUGCUUGUGCCCAGACACCUGGCCGCACUGGCACGGGCCCCCAGCAGAGGGUGUAGAGCGGCUGAUCAAGUACAUUGGGUACAAACCUGAGGAGUACAAGUUAGGGAGAACCAAAAUAUUCAUUCGUUUCCCCAGAACUCUGUUUGCUACUGAAGAUGCCUUUGAAUUUAGUAAACAUCAACUAGUUGCAAGAAUUCAAGCCACAUACAAAGGCUGCCUGGAAAGGAGAGCAUAUGUGAGAAAAAGACAAGCGGCCAUCAAACUUGAAGCGCACUGGCGUGGAGCCCUGGCUCGCAUGGAGGCCAAAAGGAGAAAGUGGGCCGUGCAGAUUAUAAGGAGGUUCAUUAAGGGAUUCAUCAAUCGCAACAAGCCCCUUUGUCCUGACAAUGAGGAGUUUAUCAUGUUGGUGCGCAGGAAUUACAUCUUGAACCUUCGGUAUCAUGUCCCCAAGAAUGUCUUGGACAAGAGCUGGCUGAGGCCUCCUGGCUUGUUGGAAAAUGCAUCGGAUCUGCUCAGGAAGAUGUGCACAAGGAACCUGGUGCGGAACUACUGCCGUGGGAUCACAGCCGAGAGGAAAGUGCUGAUGCAGCAAAAGAUGGUUACAAGUGAAAUAUUCAGGGGGAAGAAGGAAGGCUACGCAGAAAGUUUAAGUCAACCCUUUGCCAACACUCGGAUAGAUGAAGGAGACAUUCACCCCAAAGUGUUUCAAAUCGUCAGCAAAGAGAACAUCCAGUAUGGCAUUCCGGUCAUUAAAUACGACAGGAAAGGCUUCAAGGUGCGACAGCGGCAGCUCAUUCUGACUCAGAGAGCAGCUUAUGUGGUGGAACUUACCAAAAUCAAACAGAAAAUAGAGUAUUCCACACUCAAAGGUGUCUCUACGAGCAACCUUAGUGACAGAAUCUUCGUCAUUCAUGUCUCGCCAGAGGGCAACAAGCAAAAGGGGGACGCUGUCUUACAGUGUGAGCACGUAUUUGAAGCGGUUACUAAACUAGUCAUGCUGGCUAAUAAGGAGAACGUUGUAAAUGUCGUUCAGGGAAGUUUACAGUUUUAUAUUAGUCCUGGAAAAGAAGGCACAAUCGUUUUCGACACCGGGCCAGAAGAACAAAUCUAUAAAAAUAAAAAUGGACAGCUAACAGUGGUGUCCGUCCGCAUGAAGUCCUCUGACCUCUCUCAUCACCAUUUUUGCUCCGACUGAGGAAAGUACCCAGGAGGUGGGAAUUUGAUCCAGUUAAGCUCCGUAUCCAAGGGAAGAUCACAGCAGCUCGGAAAGCAUCACAUCUAAGAAAAGUGAGUGGCCAUCUUAUACCAAAGCCUGGCUCCAGCUUCUCAGCUGCCCUGUGGCACCAAAUUAAAAUGUCCUCUUCAGAGAGCCGACCUCAAGUCACCUAAAGGGGUGUGGUUUAAAGGGUCCCAAAUAGGACCUACACUUAGCAGGUAUUUGAACAUGUCAUUACAGGGUGGGAAACAGAUUCUGGGCUUUUAUCAAGCUGUCCCUGAGGCAUGUUUAUGUAUUUAUAUAUGGUCUGAGAGUAAGUGAAUUUCAUAAAGCUGUAAAAUUUGAACUUAGGUUUCAA